CACAUGAAAUAAAGAGAAUUCAAGCAAAGCGCCAACAAUAUUCGAAAACUUCUUGAUUCAUUGAACCAAAGAGAUCAAAUCCAUUAGUACCCAGAAAUAAAAACAUACUCAAAUAAUAUUUGAAACGGUUAAUGCGUUUCCUGUUUUUUUUUUUUCAUUCCAACUAGGCGAAUAUCCAUUCUACAUUUCUAUAUUUCAGUUGACAUUUACUUAUUUCCGUCAUUCAAGAAAAAUUCGUGUGAUGAUCAUAUAAAAUCUCUAUAAGUUUCAAAAAUUAUUGUGAGUUUUUAUUUUUGUUUAAUGAAUUUCUUGAAACAUGGAUCUAUCCUACCUUCACGUACUGGACCCAGUCAAAGGGGCACUAGGACAAGCUGUCAUCAUGCUGAUCACUGCUAUUUAUCAGAACGUGAUUCAAUUUGGGGAUCAAGAUAUGUAUCCUAAAGACUAUAGUCAAACUCUUCUAAAGCUUCCUGCCAGUCCCACGUACGACUUCAUCAUCGUUGGAGCCAGCACAUCCGGUUGUAUACUAACCAAUCGUCUCUCAGAAUCAUCGGAGUUCAGUGUCUUACUUCUGGAGACGGGAGGUUACCCUUCGCCUACCACCGACGUGCCGUUCCUCUUUUUCACGUUGGAAAACUCAGAGGAAGAUUGGCGCUUUCUUACAGAAACAGAAAACUACGCCUGUAAGGGUUUCAUGGAUGGAAGGUGUCUUAUGUCAAGGGGAAAGGUGUUGGGCGGUACAGCGACGAUCAAUAAUAUGCACUAUCACAGAGGAACUGCCUUCGAUUACGAUAGAUGGGACCUCGACGAAUGGAAGUCGAGCGUGGUAUCUAAAUAUUUCGCAAAUCUGGAAAAAUAUGUCGGAAAAACGGCAACGCCUUUCGAUGUUGGCACAAAAGGUAACAUGACGCUCAGUUACUUCAAAAGCGAUCAUUUUCUACGUCUACCGCUCUCGAAGAUGUACAAAACAGCUGGAUACAAACCUCUGGCAAGAGGGAAGAAUCUCGGAUAUAGAGAUAUGCUGGUAGCUAGCUGGAAGGGCGUUAGGAUGAACAUGCCUCGAAUUUUUCUCAGUCCAAUCAAGGAUCGCACAAAUUUUCAAAUGGCUUUAGGCACCACAGCAACUAGGAUACUGUUCUCGCCGGAUAAAAGAGUUACUGGUGUCGAAAUCAUGAUCGGGAAGUUCAAGAAGUUCAUCCGCGUGCGCAAAGAGGUAAUUUUGACAGCCGGUCCCAUAAACAAUGUGAAACUCCUGCAUAUUAGCGGAGUAGGCCCUAAGGAAGUAUUGGAAAACAAUCACAUACCAAUUGUGGCGGAUCUGCCGGUUGGUAAGAACCUCCAAGUACAUAUGAGGGUUCCAAUAUUUGUCGCCAUCGACAAGUGCUGCGGACAGUGCCUGAAUUGUUCCACGCCCGACUGUCAGAACGAUUUCUUCGACUACCACGAGUUCUACCAGAACACCUGGGACUACAUAAUGGACAGGAUCGGCACAUUCACCAACAUAGGAAUCAAUGACUUCGUCGCCUACAUCAGCACCAACCAAAGAAGGAGGGAUGCGCCAAACAUAGCUGUCUUUCAUACCUACUUCAAGAGGAACGAUUUCUACUUGAAGCAGUUCAUGGAAAACCGAAGAUUCCAUCCUGCUGUCACUGAGUCGGUUCUCCGCUACAAUAAGGUCCGAAACAUAAUGCUGUUCAACCCAACCCUAAUAGCACCAGUUUCUCGAGGAGAGAUUUUCAUCAACUCGACAUAUUACCAAGCCCAGCCAGUAAUCAAGCCCAACUUCUUCUCUGACGAAAAUGGCGUAGAUUUCAGAAGCAUCUAUGCAGCUGUUACCAUGAUUGUCAGCCUCACGGACAGUUUGGCUAUGCAGAGGUACAAGGCGAAGUUCCUCAACAUCGAUAUACCAAACUGCCGCAACUUCAAGUUUUGCAGUGAGUACUAUUUCAGGUGCAUGAUAAUCAAUAUGGGUAUGCCCACAAGAAAAUGUGGAGGUGUAACCAAGAUGGGGCAUGUGUGCCACAACUCAACGGUUACAGACACAGAACAAAAAGUGAUAAAUGUGAGAGGACUCAGGAUAGCCGACGUCAGCAUAUCUCCCACAAUCGGUCGUUCGAAUGGAAUGUCUUCAGAGUCGAUGUUUGGAGAGAAACUAGCAGACAACUUGAGACAUCGUUGGGAUCAUCAUUAUGUCUCGAUGUACAGGAAGAAAAAAUCAGCUAUCAACGUGGUUUUGGAGUCUAAUUAAGAUUAUUUUUGAAUAAUAUGAAAAAUAUUCGAGUUAUCUUAAUUCUGAAUAUAUUAUCG